AUGGCUAAUCUGAUAUUGACAUAUUUGAAUCAAGGGCGGCUGAAUGAGGCCGAAGAACUGCAAGUGUAUGUCAUGAAGACGAGCGAGAAAGUACUCGGAGCGGAACAUCCAGAUACUUUGAUCAGUAUGAGCAACCUGGCAAUAUUAUAUAAGGACCUAGGGCGGUGGCAAGAAGCUGAAGAUUUGGAGAUGGAGGCCACGGAGAUAGAAAGUCGACUUGAUCAGAUGACAGUCCCAACUGACGAGGGUUCAAUGACCGAACCAAGUUAUCCAAUAGAGGAUGCAACACAAGGUCCCUUUUCCUUCGGGUCCAGCGGUUUCCAUAUUAACUAUACCUGUCGCGAGAGUGUAACACGUCUCAAAAAACUUUGCUUUCCGGAGUUGCUGAAGAGUGAGAAAGCCAGAAAGUCAGCCCAAAAUGAUGCUAGUAUGAUUGAUAGACCCUGGAUCAGGGCUCAGUUGCAGCAUUAUGGAAUCGACUUUAGUCCCGAUAUUGACCCUUUCAAGGCGAAAGCUUUACUGCUUACAAGUGUCGCUCAGGGGCUAUGCGAUACGAUCCCACCUCAGGUUCUCAAGAUCAAGGCCACGCUCAAGGAAGCGUACCAGGGCGAAAUGGACGCUUACCGUGACAAUAUGAAAGCCUAUCGUGCUCAAGAGCUGCCAAAGCGAAUUCAAAAAUUCGAGGCUUGCACAACUCCGACAGAAGAGGCGGGCUGUGAUGCGUCGCUCUUUCUUCGGAAAUACUUCCUCGACGAGAAGGGCAAUUCAGACCGGACCAAGACACCGGAGUUGGUUCUGCUGCCUGGAUAUAUCGAUAAAGGUAUGGCCUUGACUGGGAGAACAGAGCGAAUACCUGCUCUACACGUGGCAUAUGGAGGACUGGGAGGUGCAGAUAACGUAACGGUCGUUGGUUGGAACCGAGCAAGAGUCAACGAUAAGGCACACCAAAUCGAUUUGCGGCAACCUUCCGGACGUGGAAUUCUACGCUCGGACCAAAAUUGGGAUCGACAGAUGAUGAGCCACCAUGAAUAUGUGGAGAAACUUCGUAGUCGAUCGGACAAUCUUGACCCUAAAUCAGGCAGCUCGUUUGAGACACAUCAUAUCACCGGAAAAUAUGUCGUGAACUGCGAGGCCAUCCAGCAUGACUGUUCGGUUCUUUCAAAGCAACUUCGUCUACGAUUCUACCGGAGCGGAAGACUAGCAAUCUUCGACCUUGGUAUUGUAGUCGGCUUGAUGGUGCUUGGUAAAACGCAACAAGAUGUCACGAAGCUUUUAGAAGACGGAAGUUGGGAUACUGAUCCCUGUGAUGAGGAGGACAGCGACGACGAGAAUGAAAGAGAAGACGUCAGCAGUGAUGAAGAAAAGAGCGAUGCCGAGCGAGCAAGCGGAUGUAGCGAGGAUUCGGAUCACAAUUCGGGGGACGAGUCAGACACUCCUAUCCACUUGACCAUACACCAGCCACCAAAGCGCCAGGAGAUCGAGAGUAGCCAUCCUCGUAGGGUGUACUUUCAAUGGCGUGGGUACAACACCGUGUCAGGCGCCAUUCAGUUCGAUCCUCAGAAUCGCAACACAGGGUACCUAGAUUUUGUAAACGAUGACGCGACAAGUUUUGAAGGAAACAUUCUUAUGGAAGCCACCAUGAGAAGCGCAAUAUCGUUUCAAGGUUACCGAGUACCUGGCCUUACUGGGCCAUUGACGAUGAAUUGGAAUGCCUUCUCACAUCUUGCCUCCGAGAGGGCCAAGGUCCCGGAACAUAUGUGGUAA